UGUUCCGUUCCUCGUCGAUUGAACAUUUCGCACGUCCUUUCGCUUUCUCUCUUCCUCUCUCCGACGUCAAAUUAUAUACGUCUGUCUCGUUUUAAGUGCAGAAACUUCAAUAUGGUGCGGCCGCAAGGAACAAAAUUGCAGGUCCGUCAUCCGUCGGGUUAUAGAUCAGCGAGAUCAAAACAAAUUUGAAUCGUACGUGUGAUCGCGACCCAGCAAAUCGCGGUACGGUGUCGAGGUGUUUUCAUCUGAGAAGUGAGAAGUCCAUCCUGCCCGUAAACGAGGGUAAACGGGAGUGCGAUGAGCGCGAGUAUGAAGGAGACGGUGCACAAUUUGAGCAACGUCGUGAACAACGAGCACGGGAAUGAGGAGCAGGCAGUCUCUGAGGAAUCGCCAGCCAAACAGAAGCUGAGGAGCUGGCUGAAUCGACAUCUGCGUAUCGAGAUGACCGACGGAAGGGUCUUGAGAGGAGCGUUUCUCUGCACGGAUCGUGACGCCAACGUUAUUUUGGGCUCGUGCACCGAGUACCUGUCCAUGGAGCACACGGAAGCGAGAGUUUUAGGCUUGGUGAUGGUGCCCGGUCGGCACAUUGUCUCGAUACAUUUAGACGUUUGAAGCGGCACCGUUCUCACAAGUCUGUAAAUACUCUCUCCCUAUUAUGUUUAUUUAAGUAAUAUAUUUUACGUGUGUGCUGUGUGUUGAAUAUUAUACGAAUAUAUUGUAUAUAUAUAUGUCUUUAUAUUUUGAAGACUUAGUUUUUUUUGUGAUACGAACAGGUUUGCGUGAAAAAUGAAAAGGUAUAAAUCCUGCUCCGUUAAUAAUUGAUAUAUUCAACACUUAUAUCGAACAUAUUUAUAUUACACCUUACUGAUCUUAUUAAAGCAAACUUGAAAAUAAUAUGAAUACAGUGCAAAAAUUGUGAUAAUUCUUGAAUUAUCACGAUUAGACUGAACAGAAUAGUGAGGCAUGCUUUAUUCUAAUCAUAUUUUUAUGAUGAGGUUGUUAUGAAUUCUAGAUAAUAAGAGAAAUACUUAAGACUAAAAUAGUCCUAGUGUAUCAAACACCUUUAAUAUAGCCAAUAUAGGUUGUCGCUUUGAAUAAAAAAUAAGAAAAAAAUGAAAUAAUAUUGAAUAAGAUUAAUGUUAACUGUUAAGUGAUGUAAUAAUAUACUGGUAGAUGCGGAGGAAAAUCAUUUAUUAAUAUAUGUAGAUA